AUGGCUGCAAAGAGAAAGUCGGCAACGGCUCAAGAAGAUACCGCGUCAAAGCUCAUUGAGGUACUCGUUAACGAGGAUGGAGAGUCUCUGGAAAAGCCGCAAUCCGAUGAUGCUCUGGGAGACGGCGAGGCAGAAAAGUCUCACUCUCAUCACUCCCGUCACAAGUCUGCUAAGUCGAAGAAGAGCCUCGAAAGAAAGUUGUACCAGACGAGGAGAGCCACUUUCGUGCUCGGUGCUCUUCUUGGGCUUGUGGCUACUGUGCUUAUCACUGCUUACAACUCAGACAACUUCAAGACUGAGAUCGACAAGUUGGUGAAGUUUGAUUCCAUGAACGGUCUUUUAGAUGAUUGGAAGGAUUCGCUUCCCCUGGGACUCUUCUCGUUGCUUGACCAGAACAAGUCGAAUAAGGAUGAGCUCCAUGGAUCGGCAGAGAGUUUCUCUGUCGGCAGAAGAAUGAAGAAGAAGUAUAACAUCGAGGCAAAGUAUAAUGUUGUGUUGGUUCCUGGUGUGAUUUCCACAGGCAUUGAGUCUUGGGGAACUAGUGAAACCGGCGACUGUCCUUCCAUUAACCACUUCAGAAAGAGGUUAUGGGGCUCGUUCUAUAUGUUGAGAACCAUGGUCUUGGAUAAGGCAUGCUGGCUUAAGCAUAUCAUGCUUGACCCAGAGACUGGUAUGGACCCUGAGGGUAUUAAGCUAAGGGCGGCACAGGGUUUCGAAGCUGCCGAUUUCUUCGUUGCUGGGUACUGGAUCUGGAACAAGAUCCUCCAGAACUUGUCUGUCAUUGGCUAUAAUCCCAAUAACAUGUUGAGUGCUUCUUACGAUUGGAGACUCGCUUAUUUGGACUUGGAAAGACGUGACGGUUACUUCACGAAGUUGAAGCAGCAGAUCGAAACCGUCAAGAGGUUAUCUGGCGAGAAGACAUACCUUGUGGGACACUCCAUGGGCUCGCAAGUCAUUCUUUAUUUUAUGAAAUGGGUCGAAGCUAGCGGCCCUGACUACGGUAACGGUGGAAAACGUUGGUGUAACGAUAACCUUGCCGGUAUCAUUGACAUCAGUGGCUCUCUCCUCGGUACGCCCAAGAGUAUCCCAGCCUUGAUUUCAGGAGAAAUGAAGGAUACUGUUCAAUUGAACCAGUUGGCUAUCUACGGCUUGGAAAAGUUCUUCUCGAGAAAGGAGAGAGUGGAUAUGCUUCGUACCUUUGGUGGUGUCCCAUCUAUGUUGCCUAGAGGUGGUGAUCAGAUCUGGGGUAACCUCACGUACGCUCCAGACGAUCCUCCAAACCAGCUUUCCAAGGAAAACGAAGAUGUUGACAUCCCAAGAAAGAAGAACGAAUCUUUGGGCGCUUUCGUCAGGUACAGAGCGAAGAACUUGGAGCCAAACACCGAUAGCAUGAUUCCCCAGGAUACUCUGAACUUCACUGUUGCUUCCAGUAUCGAUUACAUCUUGAGCAACUCCCCCAAGUGGUUUUCUGACCGUGUCAGAGAGCAGUACUCGUUUGGUAUUGCCAGAACCAAGAAGGAAUUGUCCGCCAACAACCAGGACCACCUGAAAUGGUCCAACCCGCUUGAAGCAGCUCUUCCAAACGCUCCAGACAUGAAGAUCUUCUGUUUCUACGGUGUUGGUAACCCUACCGAAAGAGCCUACACGUACACCGACGGUGACAAGGAGUCAGGAUUACCGCUCGUAAUUGACCUUGAGAGCGAAGACCCUGUUUUCCUUGCUGACGGUGACGGAACCGUGUCCCUUUUAACUCACUACAUCUGCCACGAGUGGCAAAAGAAAGGAUCCAUCUAUAACCCGGCAGGCAUCGAAACCAAGAUCGUCGAGAUCAAGCACGAACCAGACCGGUUCGAUAUCCGUGGAGGCGCCAAAACCGCCGAGCACGUGGAUAUCCUCGGAUCGGCCGAGCUCAACGAACUUGUGUUGCGUGUAGUGGCCGGCAAAGAGGACAGCAUCAACAACACAUAUGUAUCCGACUUGCGGAACAUAUUCUGUAACAAGACGUUCGGGUCCAAGUCCACUUUGGGACGUCAUAUGGAUUCUCGGAAAGGCGAUGCCCAGCACCCUGAAGAGGAAGUGCUACGACUCAGGGCGAACGUCGUACGUCGAGGAGAGAACAGGGAUGUGUCUGAGCUGGAGGCUCGACGACAACAGGUUUCGAGGGCCUAUAAUAGCAAGCUCGAUGUCAAGGAGAAGAAUAAGCUUCGAAGGAAAAAACGAGACCAACGCAUCAGUGCCAGACUCAAAGCUACCGACUGGUACCUUUCCAAGUUGGCAAGUACACUCAAUGGCGAUGCAGUGACGUUUCCAGCGAUAGUAGCAGCUCAUCUUCCGCCAAAAUACUGGCCUAGAGAUGGUCUGGCGCCCGGCCAGGAACAGAUGGACCGGUUGCUUCGAAGAAUUGAAGAUGUGCUGAACUUGGACUUGAACAGGCUCUAUAGUGUCUUCAGCCAAUGGCGGUGGCUCAGUGUAGAGGAGCAAAUGGAGAGCUGGAAGAAAGAGGCUUGGUUGGCUGUUCGGGAGCAUUUGGGAAGCACGAGUCUUUGGGAGAUCAGUAGCGCCAAAGAGCUAGUGGAUAAGAAACAGGAAGAGAUUUUGGAAGGCAGCAUUGAUGUGUUGAACUUUGGGAACGGCAUUGACCUGGACAGUGGAAAGUUUGUCAGAGCCUCCAAGUAUAGGCACGUGUUUGGUCAAGCGACCAAGAAGGAGUUGUGUUAUGAAAACUUGAAAAUCACCAAGAACGCUUGGGACUCCAACAUCAUCACCACCAACGGCAAGUACAUUGCUUGUAACUGGGAUGCUUCUGGCGGUGGUGCUUUCGCUAUUAUUCCUUUGUCUGAGCCAGGUAAGGCUCCAGACACUGUGCCGUUGUUCCGUGGACACAAGGGUCCUGUUUUGGAUACUGCCUUCAACCCUUUUAACGAACAGCAGGUGGUCAGUUGUUCUGACGAUGGUAACAUCUUGUUGUGGGACAUUCCUGAGGAUUUCUCUUUCCACCACUACGUGGACGACAAUGAUAACCCUAAGGACAUUGUUGAACCUACCAAAGUUCUCUCUGGCCAUAAGCGUAAGGUCGGUCACGUAGCCUUCCACCCAUGUGCUGAGAAUGUCUUGGCUUCGUGCUCUUUGGACUACUCUGUCAAGAUCUGGGACUUGGAGACCGGCGAGGCCAAGUACACUUUGCCUCAUAAGGACUUGGUUACUUCUUUCGCUUUCAACUAUAACGGUUCUCUUUUGGCUACUACUUCCAGAGACAAGAAGUUGAGAAUUUGGGAUAUUAGGGAAGAAAAGGUUAUUUCUGAAGGUCCUGGCCACACUGGUGCUAAGCCAUCGAGAGUGGUUUGGGUUGGAAACACCGACAGAAUCAUCACCACUGGUUUCUCUCGUUUGUCUGAUAGACAAGUUGGUAUUUGGGACGUCAAGAACAUUGAGAGCGGCCCAAUUGGUGGUUUCUUGGUCAUUGACGCUUCUUCUGGUGUCUUGAUUCCUGUUUUCGACGAGUCCAACAGCAUCUUGUACAUUGCCGGAAAGGGUGAUGGUAACAUUCGCUACUACGAAUACGAUAACGAUGAGCUUUAUGAGUUGUCGCAAUUCCCAUCCACUGACGCCCAGAGAGGUUUCGCUUGGGCUCCAAAGACGGCUGUUAACGUCAAGGAUAACGAGAUUUUGAAGUCUUUCAAGACUGUCAACGACCUGUCCAUUGAGCCAGUUUCUUUCAUUGUGCCUAGAAAAUCUGACAACUUCCAGGAAGAUAUCUACCCAGAUGCUCCUUCCAGCAAGCCAGCUUUGUCCUCUUCCGAAUGGUUCUCCGGUAAGGAGGUCAACGGUCCUUUGUUGGUGAAGAUGGAGUCUAUUUACGAGGGUAAGCAAUCCGAAGUCACCGACUCCAAGCCAGCCGUGAACAUCUCUGAGGUCAAGAAGGAAGUUCAAGCUAAGAAGGAGCAGGCUGCUGCUUCCAAGAAGGAGGAAGCUUCCAAGAAGGAAGAGGCUACCAAGAAGGCCGCCACUCCAGAACCCACAAAGGCCCCAGCUGCUAAGUCUGAAAGCCCCAAGGAGAAGGUUGAUGAUACCUUGAAGUCUUCCGCCAAGGUAGACACCCUCCUCAAUAAGGUCACCGAUGAGUCUGAUGACGAAGAUGCCAAGAACCUCAAACAGGAAGAGGGCAAGGACGAGGACUGGGAAGAAGUUAAGAAGCCUGAGUCUUUCAAGGAGUCUAGCCCUGAGCUGGUGAAGAAGGAGGACUACAUCUCCAAGUUGAAGCCAAAGAGUAAGGACGAGCCAAAGAAGGACGAGCCAAAGGAAGAGCCAAAGGAAGAACCAAAGGAGGAGCCAAAGGAAGAACCUAAAAAGGAAGAGCCAAAGAAGGAGGAACCAAAGGAAGAACCCAAGAAGGAAGAACCAAAGGUAGAGCCAAAGAAGGAGGAACCAAAGAAGGAGGUUGCCAAGGAAGAGCCUAAGAAAGAGGAAUCCAAGAAGGAAGAGAAGGCUGGAGGCGCACCAACCUUGAGAGGCACUGUCGACAAGCUUGCCAAGCUCGUGGAGACAUUGGAAGGUCAGAUUGGUAAGUUGACCGAGGCUAACGCCGAAAAGAACACCAGAAUUGAGCUGUUAGAGCAAAAGAUCGAAUCCCUUUUGCAAAAAUAA